CCUCUCACUUUGGUAUUUUGAGUGAGACAGUACGAAAAGUAGUAGAAAAUCGUUCACAGAGAACAAAAUCCUUUUUCCCUGCACCCCAUAUGGAGAAAAAUCCAACGGUCUGUUAUCCAACGGCUCAUCUCCAAAAGCUUCUUACAUUUGUUAUCUUCAUCUGUGUACUUUCUUCUUCUUGUCCUUGUUCUUCUAGUCUGUCGUUGGACUUCUACGCAGCUUCGUGCCCAUCUGUCGAACUAGUGGUGAAAAACACGGUCAGGCGAGCUUCUGACUCGGACCCUUCCAUCCCCGGGAAGCUGCUCCGCUUGCUCUUCCAUGACUGCUUUGUUGAGGGGUGUGAUGCAUCGGUGCUUUUACAAGGAAAUGGAACAGAGAGAAGCGAUCCGGCAAACGUAUCUCUUGGAGGGUUCCCAGUAAUAGACUCAGCAAAGAGAGUGCUCGAAAUCUUCUGUCCGCAAACUGUUUCUUGUGCCGACAUUCUUGCCUUGGCUGCUCGAGACGCUGUACAAAUCACGGGCGGACCGGAGAUUCAAAUUCCGACGGGGAGGAGAGAUGGGAGGGUUUCUGCAGCUUUAAAUGUGAGGCCAAACAUAAUAGACACAAGUUUCUCACUGGAUGAGAUGAGUAAGAUCUUCACCUCCAAAGGGUUGUCCUUAGAUGACCUUGUUACCCUUUCAGGAGCCCACACCAUAGGGUCAGCCCAUUGCAGUGCAUUCAUGGACAGAUUUAAAGCCGACCCCAAAGGCAGUUUCACACUCAUUGACACAUCUCUGGACAAAGACUAUGCAAACCAGCUCACCAAACAGUGCCCAGCAGGGGUAAGUUCGUCCACUACAAUCAGCAAUGAUCCCCAAACACCCCUCCGAUUCGACAACAAUUACUUCAAAGUACUCCUAGCCCACAAGGGUUUAUUCCAAUCGGACUCGGUUUUGGUUCAAAAUGAGAGGACCGCAAACAGAGUCGUGGCGUUGGCAAAUGACCAGAACAGGUUUUUUGAUGGUUGGGCAGAGUCUUUUUUGAAGCUUUCCAGUAUCGGAGUGAAGACCGGGGAUGAUGGGGAAAUUAGACAAACUUGUUCUGCCACUAACGGGUGAAGAAAACGCAAAAUGUUUUAAUUGGAGCAAUUUCUGGUUGCUUAUUGCUUAUUCAAAAUUUUCUUGAUGUUCUUGUCUACGUUAAGUUGAUAAUUUGUUUUUCCUUGUUCUAUUUUCUUCAGCUGGUUGAUAAUUUUUGGUUCCUUGUUUUAUUUUCUUCUUUUCGCAACGUUGACACAGCCAACGGUCAUGGUUUAGCACUUAGUUUUGUAAAACUAUUUUUUCUGUCUCUCAAAAAAUUCUAAAGCUGACUCCCAUGCAGAGAUUAAAUU